AUGAACGCUAUUCGUAUCGCUAUUAGACCUACUAGACAAUUUGCUCGUUCUUUUCAUGCUGCUCAACCUCGUUUGACAGGCAAGACCGUUGAAGCUACUACUUCCACUUGGGACCAACUUGUCACUAAAGCCGACCAUCCUGUUAUUGUUGACUUCUAUGCCGAUUGGUGUGGUCCUUGUAAAAUGUUGGGUCCCAUUUUAUCAAAGACAGUUGCUGCUAAUCCUAAAGUUACUUUGGUUAAAAUCAACGUAGAUGACCAUCAAGAAAUUGCUGCUGAUUUCAAGAUUGCUGCUUUGCCUACUGUUUCUGCCUUCAAUAAGGGUGAAGUUGUUGAUAGCUUCGUUGGUAUGCGUAAUGCUGCUGCCAUUGAACAAUUUGUCAAGAAGCAUGCUGAUCUUGCUUAA